CUUGAAAGUGUUUUGUGUCUUGUAGUUAAGUAUGUCGGAUUGUUGACCGCAUACACCCACAUGUAGCGAUGAAUUCAUUGUCGCCUUUCACUCGCGGUUGGGCGAGUUUCGUUCCUUUUAUUGUCCUUCUUUUCUAUUGCUUUACUCCCGUCUUAACGGUGAAGCACGAGAACUUCAAAACUUGCGAUCAAUCCGGCUUUUGCAAACGUAAUCGAGCAUAUGCGGACACCGCCGAAGCGUCCUCGAAUUGGGAUUCGCCAUACAACCUAGAUCCGGCCACCAUCUCCCUCUCGAAUGGCCAAUUGACGGGUACCGUGGUCAAGACCAUCUCGAGAACAGGAGACUCGGUCCGACUUCCACUCACGGUCACAUUCCUCGAGUCCGGAACUGCUCGCGUUACUAUUGAUGAAGAGAAACGCCAGAAAGGAGACAUUGUGCUACGACAUGGUAGCAAGGCGAGGAAGGAGAGGUAUAAUGAAGCGGAGAGAUGGACCAUCACUGGCGGGUUGACCCCGAAUAAAGGAGCGGCUUUGAGUAGCGAUAUUCAGCACGGCGCAACGAAAGUCCAUUUUGGCCCCGAAGGGAAAUUCGAGGCCAUCAUCACCCACGCCCCCUUCUCGUUGGACUUCCGUCGAGAUGGGACAUCACAUAUCUUGUUCAAUAGCCGCGGGUUGAUGAACGUCGAACACUGGCGAACCAAACAAGAGGCUCCUCCAGAAGGGGAGAGCUCGGCGGCUGAGGCCGACCCUGCGGUCCCGCCCGAGGAUGAGAGUACGUGGUGGGAUGAAUCCUUUGGCGGGAACACCGAUUCUAAACCCAGAGGCCCGGAAAGCGUUGGACUUGACAUCACGUUCAGCGGAUAUGAACAUGUCUACGGCAUCCCCGAACAUGCUAGCUCCAUGUCCCUAAAACAGACUCGAGGAGGGGAUGGCAACUACAAAGAACCGUACCGCAUGUACAAUUCCGACGUCUUCGAAUACGAGCUGGACAGCCCUAUGACGCUCUAUGGAGCGAUCCCGUUCAUGCAAGCACAUCGGAAAGACUCGACCGUUGGGGUCUUCUGGCUCAAUGCCGCCGAGACGUGGGUCGAUAUCGUCAAGUCUCGCCCGGCCGUCAACCCACUUGCACUCGGAGUCAAAUCCACCACCACCACCCAGACGCAUUGGUUCUCCGAAAGCGGCCUCCUCGAUGUAUUUGUGUUCCUUGGACCCAGCCCACAGAAGGUGGUGCAGGCCUAUUCCGAAUUGACGGGCUACUCUCAACUUCCGCAAUCGUUCGCCAUCGGAUAUCACCAAUGCCGGUGGAAUUACGUGAGCGAUGAGGAUGUGAUGGAUGUGGCUCGAAAGUUCGACAAGCACAAUAUCCCGUUCGACGUCCUUUGGUUGGACAUUGAGUAUACUCAUGAGAAGAAGUAUUUCACCUUCGAUCCGAUGACGUUCCCGAACCCGCAGAAAAUGACAUCCCACCUCGACAAGCACGAUCGAAAGCUGGUGGCGAUUAUCGACCCGCACAUCAAGAAUGUGGACAGUUACCCGGUGGUCGAUGAUCUCAAGAAGAAACAGCUGGCGGUGAACAAUAAGGAUGGCAAUAUCUAUGAGGGGUGGUGCUGGCCAGGCUCGUCACAUUGGGUCGACUGCUUCAACCCGGCCGCGAUUUCAUGGUGGAAGGGACUCUUCAAGUACGACAAGUUCGUAGGAUCGUCUCCAAACACGUUCAUCUGGAACGACAUGAACGAACCAUCGGUCUUUAACGGCCCGGAAACGACGAUGCCGAAGGACAAUCUGCAUCACGGCAAUUGGGAGCAUCGUGAUGUCCACAACAUCAACGGCUUAACGUUCCACAAUGCUACCUACGAGGCACUUCUGGAGCGGAAGAAAGGCGAAGUUCGACGUCCGUUCGUCUUGACUCGCGCUUUCUCCGCUGGAUCUCAACGAGUUGGACCCAUGUGGACUGGAGACAACCAGGCACAUUGGGGUCACCUUGCUGCGUCAAUCCCGAUGACCCUAAACAACGGAAUCUCGGGAUAUCCUUUUGCUGGCGCAGAUGUGGGUGGCUUUUUCGGUAAUCCGAGCAAGGAGCUAUUGACUCGAUGGUAUCAGGCCGGUGCCUUUUAUCCAUUUUUCAGAGCCCAUGCCCACAUUGAUACCCGCCGUCGUGAACCAUAUGUCGCCGGUUCUCCGUACACCGAGAUCAUGGCGCAGGCGCUGCGGUUACGUUAUUCAUUGUUGCCGGCAUGGUAUACCGCUUUUCGCGAAGCCAGCGUCGCGGGGACUCCCAUUGUCCGCCCCAACUUCUUCGUGCAUCCUAGCGACGAAAACGGAUUUGCCAUUGAUGACCAGCUGUAUCUCGGCAGUACCGGACUGCUGGCCAAGCCGGUCGUCACGGAAGGAGCGGAGAGCGUGGACAUAUACCUUGGCGAUGAUGAAACAUACUACGACUAUUUUGACUAUGCCAUCUAUUCAGGAAAAGGCUAUAAGACGGUCCCGGCGCCGUUGGAGAAGAUCCCACUGUUGAUGCAAGGAGGACACAUCAUCCCUCGACGCGAUCGACCGAGGCGCAGCAGCGGCUUGAUGAAGUUCGAUCCCAUUACUCUGGUUGUUGUGCUCGGAAAAUCGGGAGAUGCUGAAGGGUCGCUCUACCUGGAUGACGGAGAGACGUUUGACUACCAACAAGGCGCCCAUAUCCACAGAACGUUCAGGUACGAGGCAUCGACAGGGUUACUCACCUCGGAGGACAUUUCGGAUCGGGGUUCGAAGACUGCAUCGUACUUGAAAUCCAUGUCUCAUGUGCGUGUUGAACGCAUUGUGGUCGUUGGUGCCCCCAGCGAUUGGAAAAACAAGGAAUCGGUGAUUAUCUCCGAAGAGGGAGAGAAGGAGAGCGGCAGCCGACAACGCAGCGAGCUCCAAUUCCACUCUGGGCAGGGUGGCAAGGCUGCCUGGGCUGUGGUGAAGGACCCUGGUCUUUAUAUUACCAAGGGAUGGAAGGUUGACUUCUCGUGAAGGCUUUGGCUCCAUGACGGUAUAAUAGAGUUGUACACCACAACAGAAUAGAAUAGGCGCCUCUACCGAACGGUACAAAUAUUGACCUUCUGUUCCAUAUCGGGGUCCGCCUAUGUUCAGGACCCUUCACAGGGGACAGACCAACAAAUAUGUAUAUGGAGUACGGAUACUGCAGCCUGUGCUUGUUUAAUGCUGUAGAAUGGAGAGGUGGGGUUGGCCUUUGUGACGCGUCAUAUUGGAAGUAGGGCCUCACGCUCCGAUAUCUGGUUGGCUGGGAGUGCAUUUGUGUCCCUAGCAACCCAACCCCUCCGGCGAGUCGCAUACCAGAGCGGAACAUGAAGAGGACAUUGA